AUGGCCGAGCCGGCGGCGGCGGGGGGCGCGGGAGUGGCGGCGGCGGCGGGGUCGGGGGGGCCGGGGUCGGGGGGGUCGGUGUCGUCGGCUCCCCCCGGGCCGGAGGGCGAGGAGGGCCCGAUGCGCUUCGCCCGCAAAGGCGCGCUCCGCCAGAAGAACGUGCACGAGGUGAAGAACCACAAGUUCACCGCCCGCUUCUUCAAGCAGCCCACCUUCUGCAGCCACUGCACCGACUUCAUCUGGGGCUUUGGGAAGCAAGGUUUCCAGUGUCAAGUCUGCUGCUUCGUAGUCCAUAAGAGGUGCCAUGAAUUCGUUACCUUCUCCUGCCCGGGGGCAGACAAAGGUCCGGCUUCAGACGACCCCCGGAGCAAACACAAGUUUAAAAUCCACACCUAUUCCAGCCCGACCUUCUGUGACCACUGCGGCUCCUUAUUGUACGGACUUAUCCACCAGGGGAUGAAAUGUGACACCUGCAUGAUGAAUGUCCACAAGCGCUGUGUGAUGAACGUGCCCAGCCUCUGCGGGACGGACCACACCGAGCGCCGAGGCCGGCUACACAUCAAGGCGGACAUAGAAAACGAAGUCCUCACGGUUAUAGUACGAGAUGCCAGAAACCUGGUCCCCAUGGACCCCAACGGCUUGUCAGACCCCUACGUGAAGCUCAAACUCAUCCCCGACCCGAAAAGCGAAAGCAAACAGAAGACUAAAACCAUCAAAUGCUCGCUGAACCCCGAGUGGAACGAGACCUUUAAAUUUCAGCUGAAAGAGUCCGACAAGGACAGGCGAUUGUCUGUGGAGAUUUGGGACUGGGAUCUCACCAGCAGGAACGAUUUCAUGGGAUCUCUCUCCUUUGGGAUCUCGGAGUUGCAGAAGGCCGGUGUCGAUGGCUGGUUUAAGAUGCUGAGCCAGGAGGAAGGCGAAUACUUUAACGUCCCCGUCCCCCCGGAAGGAGAGGAAGGCAACGAAGAGCUACGGCAGAAGUUCGAGAGAGCCAGGAUCGGCCCUGGAGCCAAGGCGGCGGAGGAGAAGAUGCUGAACGCCAUCUCCAAAUUCGACAACAAUGGGAACCGGGAUCGCAUGAAGCUCUCCGACUUCAAUUUCCUGAUGGUUCUGGGCAAAGGCAGCUUUGGGAAGGUGAUGCUGUCCGAAAGGAAAGGCACCGACGAGCUCUACGCCGUGAAGAUCCUGAAGAAGGACGUGGUCAUCCAAGACGACGACGUGGAGUGCACCAUGGUCGAGAAGCGAGUGCUGGCCCUGGCUGGCAAGCCCCCUUUCCUGACGCAUCUGCACUCCUGCUUCCAAACCAUGGAUCGCCUGUAUUUCGUGAUGGAAUAUGUGAACGGAGGCGAUCUCAUGUACCAGAUUCAACAGGUUGGCAGGUUUAAGGAGCCCCACGCCGUGUUCUACGCUGCCGAGAUCGCCAUCGGGCUCUUCUUCCUGCACUGCAAAGGCAUCAUUUAUCGCGACCUGAAACUCGACAACGUCAUGCUGGACUCCGAGGGACACAUCAAGAUCGCGGAUUUCGGCAUGUGCAAAGAGAACAUCUGGGACGGCGGCACCACCAAGACCUUCUGCGGCACCCCAGACUACAUCGCUCCCGAGAUAAUUGCCUACCAGCCCUAUGGGAAAUCAGUGGACUGGUGGGCCUUCGGAGUCCUGCUCUACGAAAUGUUGGCCGGGCAGGCGCCGUUUGAAGGCGAAGACGAGGACGAGCUGUUCCAGUCCAUCAUGGAGCACAACGUGGCGUACCCCAAGUCCAUGACCAAGGAGGCUGUGGCCAUCUGCAAAGGGCUCAUGACCAAGCAUCCGGCGAAGCGCUUGGGGUGCGGCCCCGAAGGGGAGAGGGACAUCAAGGAGCACGCCUUCUUCCGCUACAUCGACUGGGACAAACUUGAACGGAAAGAGAUCCAGCCUCCUUUCAAGCCCAAGGCUAAAGAUAAACGCGAUACUUGCAACUUCGAUAAAGAGUUCACGAGGCAGCCCGUGGAACUCACGCCCACGGACAAGCUCUUCAUCAUGAACUUGGACCAGAAUGAGUUUGCGGGAUUCUCCUACACUAACCCUGAGUUUGUCAUUCACGUGUAGGCA